AUGAUUGGUCCAAUUUUGAGCAUUCGAAACAAUACCGCGCGGAGAAAGUUAGGUUACUUCUCAUGCUCCACUGGUAACCCCAUCGACGACUGCUGGCGUUGUGACCGUAAAUGGCAACUCCGGCGAAAACACCUCGCCGUCUGCGCAAUCGGGUUCGGACGCAACGCAAUAGGCGGCAGAGACGGACGUUACUACGUAGUAAGCAACCCUAACGAUGAUAACCCGGUUAACCCUAAACCGGGCACACUCCGUCACGCCGUGAUCCAAGAAGAGCCUCUCUGGAUCGUAUUCAAACGCGACAUGGUCAUAACACUGAAGCAAGAACUCAUCAUGAACAGUUUCAAGACAAUAGAUGGACGUGGCGUCAACGUACACAUAGCUAACGGUGCAUGCAUAACGAUACAGUACGUGACGAACAUUAUCAUCCAUGGGAUACAUAUUCAUGAUUGUAAACCUACUGGUAACGCUAUGGUGAGAAGCUCACCGUCGCAUUAUGGGUGGAGGUCGAUGGCUGAUGGUGAUGGGAUCUCGAUUUUUGGGUCGAGUCAUAUUUGGAUUGAUCAUAACUCGCUCUCUAGUUGUGCUGAUGGGCUUAUUGAUGCUGUUAUGGCUUCCACGGCUAUUACUAUCUCUAACAAUUAUUUUACGCACCAUAACGAGGUUAUGUUGUUGGGACAUAGUGAUACUUACACAAGGGACAAGGUGAUGCAGGUUACUAUUGCUUAUAACCAUUUUGGUAGAGGUCUUAUCCAGAGAAUGCCAAGGUGUAGGCAUGGAUACUUUCAUGUAGUGAACAAUGACUACACGCACUGGGAGAUGUAUGCAGGGCACUGGCAAUGGAAGCAUUGGAAUUGGAGAUCAGAAGGAGACCUUUUCCUAAACGGUGCUUUCUUUACACGUUCUGGAUCAGGACGUGGAGCUAGCUACGCUAGAGCAUCAAGUUUAGCAGCCAAAUCUUCAUCCCUUGUUGGCGUCCUUACCUCUACUUCUGGUGCUCUUAAUUGUAGAGGUGGUCGCCGGUGUUAAUACUUGCUCAUUAGUCUUCUUUUGGGUUCUUGCAUUUAUACAUGGCAAUAGCAAUUGAAAUGUUGGGCUUUGAUUUAAAAACUGCUCAACUGUAGUAUAAAAGUUGUAUGGAUUACAUUCUUGUUUUACCAGUCUAUAUUUGAUGUAUCUAAAGGCAAGCAAAGUUUGGACAACUCAUUUUCUUAUCUUAAUUUCUUCUUACAUCGUGG